CGUACAAGAAAGACCUCAAUAUGUGGAAGAAAAUCAAAGCUUAUUAUAACAAAGAAGGGUAUGAUUACUCGAAAGGUUUCGGAAAACCUACAGAAUUUCAUAGCAGUUUUUAUUUUAUGAUGCAAAGUUUUCAAGUCAUGCAUAAACCAUAUCCGAAAUUUAGUUACUUCACUAAAUCAUUUACAAUGAUUUGCGGCAUUGGAGUUUUCAUAGACGCAUAUCUAGACCUGUACCAUGCCGUAGAUGUAAUGGAUAUAUUCAUGCUAACAGAAGCAGGGACCUACGCUAUACUUCUUACUUACAAGGCAAUGAUCAUGGCUUCUACUUGGAUAAACAAGGACAAUUUCUUACAUCUAUUGCAGGCAAUGACUGAAGAUUUUGAAUACAUCAAUACGAAAAAUGAACGAUACAAAAAGAAAUUUUUCGAAACCCACCUGGGCACAUGGAAGGCUACUUUGUGGUGUUAUUUCUUCAUGUUUGCUUUGGGGAUGGGUCAGAUCGCGUUCGCAUGUCUCUACCUCAUGUGGUACUACAUGACCCACACUGCGGGAGACGGCAGUGUCAGACCAUUGGUGUUCCCGUUUUGGGCCCCAGGCAUAGAUUACACAAAAACUCCUGCAUUUGAACUGGCCUUCGUCUUUGCCAAUUUGGGUGUAGCGGCUUACUCUUUUCAUUAUUUGUUUAUUCUUCAAACAGACGUGGUCUGGAUAAGGCAAAUUGCAUCAAAGGCCGAAUUGAUAAUACUGAACAUCCAUGAUUUGUUGGACGGUAUAAAACCAGCGGCUACGGUAGAAGAAGAAGAACAUUACUCUGCUAUGAUUCGCUUUCGGAUGAGGGAAAUAAUAUCCAAAACGCAGUCUAUGUACGUUUUGAUUGAGAAUUACGCUGCUGUCUACAAGAAAAUGUUGAUGUACGAACAAUUUUUCUCCAGCCCUACGAUUUGUAUGCUAGCGUACUGUUCGGCAGAGAAACUCGACAAAGGGGAGAUUCAGGCACAAAUGAUGCUGUUAUGUACAGGUGCUAUGAUAACCUUGUACAUACCUUGUUAUCUUAUCACGUUUCUCAGAAGCAAGAUCAGUGAUGUGAGUGACGCUUGCUGGGAAAUACCAUUCUGGGACGCUCCUCCUGUUACUGUCAGAGUAUAUAUAAAUCUGAUCAUGCAGAGGUGCCUCAGACCUCUACCUCUACAGGCCCCUGGUUUCGAAGAGGUUUCAAUCAAAACAUUUUCUAAUAAAAUGACUUCAGCAUAUUCUUAUUUCAAUAUGUUGAGGCAAGCAGAUUUUGAAUUAUAAAUAAAAUAUACACAUAAGCAUCCAAUCAAUAUAUGUUUAAAUAAAAAAGAUUUUAAGUUAAGAAGAAACUUAUGUACUUAUUUAUCACAAAUUAUUCUUCACUUCUCAAGUAAAACUUAUUUUUGAAAUGGAAUAAAAAUAUUUUUUCUUAAU